GGCAGGUAACAUCGAGAGAGAUGUCCACACAGACAGGCUGCAGGCAGGCAGGCAGGCAGACAGAAUUGACAACCUGCCUGCCUGCCUGAGAAGGGCGAGGAUGACGGGAAUCUGACCCUCCCCGCCGGCCGGAAAUUCGGAGGGGAGGGGAAGGGCGAGAGACCACAGGGUCCUCAUGGCCCUCGAGAAAGACUUCCCCUUUCGCCCUUUGUCGCAGCUGAAGCUCUCUUCUCACCUCCAGAAAGAGGCCGGGCGCUUUCAGCAAUGGAUCCCCAAUAUAUCCGUCGCUGCCCGCAGAGAGAGACCUGCACACUCGAUGUCGUCCAGCAGCAGGAAGCCGCGUGAGUGCCGGUCGAGGGCAGAGAAGGCCCGGAAGGACCGGUCAAACGAUGAGAUCAGCCGCCCGACGCCUCACCUGCAUGGACGACAGUAUGCACUGAUCGGUCGGUGAGAGUAUCGUUGCUUACGUACGAUGGCUCUAAAGACCUCCCGUGAGAGGCCUGGCGGUUGCUGGUGACUGAGCCCCUCCACCACCCACAAGUGCUGAUGCACAGGACCGUACCACACCACACCACCAGCAGCCAUACCCGUGCCUUGUUUGUGUCCAUCCAUCCUUUUCUGCCGACCCACCUGAAUGUCACUUUUGACGAAUGGGAAGCCGAACACCGCCAGCAGGGCGCCCUUGAGCUCUGCGCGCGUCAGCACCCCCUUCGAGCCGUGGUCGAAACGGCAGAAGAUCCUAUCCACGUCACCAUCUCGGCUCCGCCAUGAUUCGCAUGAUGAGAGCACCUGAAUGAACGAAACAAUGCCACACACACGACGCACAGAGAGUGACCUGACGGAUGAUCUGCAUCUGUCCUUCAUUCAGCUGACCUUUUCGCACCUCGUCAGCAGCUAUCGACGCCGGCGACGAAUGGAAACGCCAUUGCUGAAGAUUGAGGUGUGCCUGUGAGGAUGCUGCAGGCUGCCCAAGGGACAAAGGAGGGAAAUCUCC